AUGAGUAGAAGGGUUGACCGGAAACCACCUUCUGCUGCGAAGGGGCUGAAGAUGGGUGAUCGACCUCCAUGUAUAUCAAACAAACAACAUACUGUCAUUCAGGUUGUUACUGUGCUUGCUGCUGCGGCGCUAAUUCGUUAUUUCAAGUAUCGUACUUCUGAUACAUUUCCGAACGCGUUGUCUGAUGCACCGUUGGCAAGAUUCUCGAAUGAGUUUGACAGAGUAAGUUCCGUUUUUUUGAGAGUAUUAUUUUUGCAGUAUUUUAGGUUUUGGUGAAAUUACGUUACUAUGUUCACUGACUAACCGUUUUUAGGACUUGUGGGGCUCUUAUCGUCCGCAAGCUUACUUUAGUUUGAGGACACGAUCGCCAGUGUCACCAUUGUUUGGCAUCGGAUGGUACAGUCAUGCUGGUCAGAAGUUGCUGUCAGAGUUCCGACAUGAUUGCAGUCAAAGUAAGGAUUACCGUUUCGUUUUAUCAUUUUAGGUUCUUGUUUCUUUCAAAGUAUGCUUGAACUUUGUAUGUUAUGUCAACGUAACGUAUUUUACAGAUGACGGGAUAAAAUAUAUGUGGAAAGCAGCAGAUGGUAAGAGCUUUGGUCAUCAAGACAUUCAUGAUGGUCCUGUGAACAUCACUACAAAAUGGUUUAAUCGAGGAAAGUCGUUUGUAUCAGAGAUAGAUGUUAAGCGUAAGGACAAAGGAGUUACUGGCUUGAUCCUCUACUUUGCUGCUCAGGUAAUGACAUUUCGUGAAGGUUAAUUUAUUUUUGUUAAGUACCUAAAAGCUACCAUUUUAUAUGACAAUUCGUAUAUAUAGUUUUUAUAGUUUUAUGUUUUUUACAGAAUCCACACACUUCCUUUAUGCAAGACCAAGAAUCAGAAGGUCCGAAGUUGUGGAUUCACACACCAAAACAACCUGACUUCUCUCUGGAAUUUGACAUAUCUGCGGAGAAAUACAAGACCAGCACACUAAAGAUGACGACAAAGUUAUGGAUCACUUCAAACAACAUAAUGGAGACAGUGAAGACCUCUUUGGGCAUGGAUGAAGACAACAAUAUUGUCUUCCAAACGCCGGACAAGGAGAGUUUCAACUUGUUUGCUCUUCAUAUUGACAUUACUGGUAAUGCCAAAAUCCAGGUGGAGUAUAGGGACCAUUCAGAAAAGGAUCUACCCGAUUUUGAGACUGAAUUCAAGAAAAGAGAAGAAAUCUUUGAUCAGACGGUUAGAAAUGCUUUCGCCUCGUCCAGCGUAAGUUAAACUAUAAACCGUUCGCAUUUAAAAAUAUUUAGUGAUACUAGCUUUAUUAGUAUAUUACCUAACUGUGGUUUCAGAAGGUAACUAAGAGUAUGUUUGAAAUGGGUAAAAGCGCCUUGUCUAAUAUGCUUGGAGGUGUUGGCUACUGGUACGGACUUGCCAGAAUGAGAAGUAUUACUUGGCCAGCACACAGAGUGGAGCCAUAUGGACCUUUGGAGCUGUUUUCGGCAGUACCGUCAAGACCAUUCUUUCCUAGAGGAUUCAUUUGGGACGAGGGUUUCCACAAUGUUCUUAUCCACAAGGUCGACCAACGGCUGUCUUUGGAUGUGAGUUAGUGUUUUUGUUCUGUUUAUACUUGAUGAAUUUUGUUAUUAAUAUAAACCAUAUUGUGGUAUGACUAUUUAAUUGUUUUCCUCUUUAAUGAUGACUUUAAUUUCAGAUUCUGACUUCUUGGCUCAAUUGUAUGAAUGCAGAUGGCUGGAUCCCGAGAGAAAUGAUUUUAGGCCCUGAGGCUGAAACCAAAGUACCAGCUGACUUCUUGGUUCAGUCUGAUAAUGUAGCUAAUCCCCCAGUCUUCUUUUAUCUCAUGGAGAAAUUUAUGCAAAACUCAAGGGUAGGUUAACAUGUCACCUUUGUUUGUGGUUUUAAUGUAUCUAGUUCAGGUUGUAAGAUUUUGUAGUCAUAUAGUGAAAGCAUUGGAUUAAUGGUAUCGGUUUUUAAAUUAGAUUUUUUAGUUUAUGGCGCAAUAUAAGAACCAAAUUAUUUCAAUGUAUCCUCGUCUGAAGAAGUGGUACUUCUGGCUGAGAGAUACCCAACAAGGACCGUACAAAGGCGUCUUCCAAUGGCAAGGUCGAAACGAAACAACCAAUCUCGAGCUUAAUCCCAAGACUUUGGCUAGCGGUUUGGAUGACUAUCCUCGAGCUUCUCAUCCAACUAUGCAUGUAAGGCAUUUGGGCAUUACUUUAUGUGUUUUAUUAUACUGUGCAAUACUUAUAUGUCUUUUUUCAGGAAUAUCAUCUAGACAUCAAAUGCUGGCUAGCCGUAGCUUCGCGCGUGAUUCGUUAUUUGGCCGAAUUGUCUUCGGAUGCCUUGUUCAUCAACGAAGCUGACGACGAUCAGAGAGUGUUUGGAGAAAUGGAGACCUUGAAUAAAUUCCACUGGUCUUCUGAAAAGAAGCGGUACGCUGACUUUGGUUUUCACAGCUACAACGUCGAAUUGUACACUGAAGUCACCAAGGACAAGGAAGGCAGGACUCAUAGAAGAACCUUGAGAAGGGCGUUGGAAGAGCCGGAAAACCGACUGGUCGAUGACGUCUACGGCUACGUGUCCUUGUUCCCGUUCUUGUUGAAGUUGUUGCCUGCUGAAUCCGAACAGCUGAAGAUUAUUCUUGAUCAGCUGGGUGAUCCUGAAGUAAGUUUUAUUUUUUGCAUAUUUUUGGAAUUUUCGAGUUUUUUUUUGUAUUUCUUACUGUGAUUAUUUAUAAAAGUGCAUGCUAUUAUAUAGGCACUUAUUCUUACAAUAAUCUUUGUUUUUCAGCUUUUGUGGACUCCAUACGGGUUGCGGUCCGUGGCCAAGAACUGUGUCUACUACAAUAAGAUGAACACCCAGCACGAUCCCCCAUACUGGAGAGGAAACAUCUGGAUCAACAUGAAUUAUAUGGCUUUGGAAGCCUUGAAUCAUUACUCAACCAAAGGUGGCAGCACGGCCGAGAAGUCGAGAGCACUAUACGAUGAACUGAAGCACAACGUCCUCAACAAUGUAUUCAACGUGUACAGAACUACGGGUCUCUUCUGGGAACACUACAAUGACACUACGGGCGUUGGCCAGGGCACCCGGCCGUUCACUGGCUGGACUGCUCUUGUUUUUGCCAUUAUGGCCGACAACUACGACUAG